AAUUUUUUGCUAUAACAUAUACAAAUGAUAAAAAAAAACAUAAGCAAAAAGCAUCAUUUGAUAAAUAUUAAUAUUAAAAUAUACUAUAUAUAUAUAUAUAUGUUACUAUCAUUUAAAUUUAAUUAUAUACCAUAUCAAAUAGAAAAAAAUAUCUUUUUGGAUUAAUAAAAUUUAGGCCGAUUUGGCUGGAAAACAACGAAACAUAAGAUUAUUAGGUAUGCAUGCAAGGGAAAAAUUAAUUAGGUAACCGGAGCACACAGCAAAUUGGAAAUUACGUAGUAGUCCUCAUAGAGCUCCAACUUGAGUAGCGUAGCCUGAUAUCUUCCUACGGUAGGCAAAUCUAGUUUAGAUACUAGUGUCAGGUGGUGUCUCCGAAAAUGACAUUUUGUCUUACAUAUAUUGGCAAAUGUAUGGGCUAUAUGUAUUUAUUCGAAACCGCGAUAGAGCGCGUUGAGUGGUAUACGAACCCUAACAAUUUUUUGUUAUCAAUAAUAACAAGUAGUCCUUCAAUACUGAUAGAAUGAUAUAUUUCUGGGUAACUAUUUUUGAACUUAUACCAUGACCACUCAUUUAAAAAAAAACAAUACAAAUAAAUAUGCAGAAGCUGCCUUUAUUUUCUCUUGGCUCGUCAGUUAUGGUAUAACGAUGAUGUCGAUAGAGUGGAAAGUUCAACGUUAGAAAUGAUGAUGCGCUUUGGUCAACAAGGAUGGUUUGAGAGAAAACGUUAAUAUGUUCCUUUUGUAAAUGGAUCUUACUUGAAGCUUCCAACAGUGGUCAUUUCAUUAGUAAAGCAAAUAAGACAAAUCGAUUGAAGUGUAUAACUUGUAGACGUGUCUGAAUGAAGUCCACAAAAGUAAGGAGAAAGAAGUAGUGAAAUAAUUAACCGAUAAAACAUAAGGUUUGAUAGGGAACUAAACCAUAUGGACGUUUAACCAAAGGGAAAACUAAACCGAAUGAAAUUUUUAUUUAACUUGAGUUGAGCUAGACCAGGUUGGAUAAACACGAAAUUUAAAUGCUUAUUUAACAAAAUAUAGCAAAUGUGUCAGAGAUAUUUUAUGUAACCUAAGGCUGAAUCAUUAUGUCUAGGACUAGGUAGCUGGCCGCAUUUAAUGCUUUGUAUAAGCUGGAUUAUGUGGAAGAAACUCCACCGUCUUCAUCCAUUUUUCGCUAUAAAAGGAGGCUACCAGAACCUAAAAUCUGCAAAACAAAAUUCCCCCAAUAAUCAAGUUCUGGUAGAUUGAUUCCGGCAACAGCCUGCGAAGAAGGGAUUAAAGGUACGUCCGCAGAUUUUUUUUAUGAUUCAACAUUCACUAUAUAGAGAGAGUUAAUUACGGUAUAGUUUUGUUGACGCUUCUUGCGUGCAUGUUCCAGAUGGGUAGGUUAUUUCGGCUCAUCAUGGGCCUUUGGUGUAAGUCGUCAACCGGCGUCUGGAAUUUCAAAGAAACCCCAAAUUCUGAGGGCGAAGCGUUGAUUAUCAACAGGACCGAUUCUGUAGAUGGUAUCGUUGAGAGGAUCCGUAUAACUCUCAACCUAGGUAUUCUCACUCCUGUUGUGUUGACCUAUCAGCUCCCGCCGUGGAUGCUCCAUCCUGAUGGCCCAACGACUCCGCCGAUCACUUUGGUUAGUAACAAAGACGUCGAAAUCAUGACAAGUGUAACCGAUUACAUAGAAGAUGCAGUUCUGUAUGUUACUAGUGGACCCAAACUUGUCGCAAAAUACCAGUUCUUAUGUAGAACUCCCUUCACAAUCGAUGAAAAGACAUACCUUGAAGAGGGAGUUACAGAAGAAGAACAUCGUCAAGCUAUACUUGAUUUGGUUGGAGGUCAUCCGAUCGUGUGUAGUAAGCAUAUGCUGGAGAUCAUGUUCAAUGAACCACAAUUGCUACUCGUCUUCCGUGUCGCUCUAGAGAUAGAGAUGGUCUACGGUCUAGAGAAUGAUGAUGAUCAUAAUGCUGAACCUCCUGACAAUCUUACCAUAAACGGAAGUGACUUUCUAUCUUUUGAGGGAGCGGUUCCCUUAUCUCCUGAUCCACUCGACAACUACAAUCUUCAAGAUGAAGUGCUCUAUGGAGAACCGAUAACUAUCGAGGAUCUACAAAACUCAGUUCCAAACUUUGAAGCAACCCCAAUGGUUCAUCAAGGCGAUACCGUUGAGCAAGAACCCCUUCACGUGUGGGAAAACAUGGCUGAGGAUGAAACGUACUGGGAUGGCAUGAUGGAAGGAGAGAGGGCAUUUGAGGUUUAUAUUGCACGGUACCCACUCCCAACAGAAGAAGUUAUAGGAUUAUCGCUUGCUCACAAUAGGAGGGUAUGUGCCCCACAACCUGAAACUAUCAUUGUCAUCGACGAUGAUGAUGACAAUUCGUACACUGGCUCGACCAAUGGAAACAACGAACUCGAUAACAUCAUUGCCCUCCCUCCACCCGUUCAGAUAGAACCUGAUUCUACAGUGGACACUAUCAACAGCGUAACAGUCCUCACAAGAGGUGAACCAUCCGCUGCGGAAAAAAUAAUACACACUGUUGAUGCUCCUAACAAUCUACAUGCUACGUCUCCGACCGCAACUGGUGCCACUACUGAACCUUUCCUUGAUCUCACACUCGGGGUGGGAAUAGGAAAUAACAGGGCUGAUCCAGAGCCUCUCAGUCACGGCGGAGACUCCUCGUCCGAAUCUGAAGAUGGUUGUGGUGGGUUUGAUCCCCUAAUUUAAAACAAAUAACCUAAAUUAUAACUAAGUUGCCUAUCUUUUGAUGUGAAAUAUAUGGGCGGGGGAAAAGCUUUUUUUUUUGGUUAUCGUAAACGGAAAGACGGAAAUGACAAUAUGUAAUAUGACCUUGUAAUGUAAAAUAUUAAUGUGAAAUAUGUUUAUGUACUUCCUGAUGUAGCAUUAUACUAAUAUAACUAUCAUCAAAAUAAUAUGUAGGAAUCAAAACAAACAAUGCGGAUGCAUUGUAUGAAGGGAAGGUGUUUAAAAGUAGAGCUGAUUUCAAACAACAAAUUGCUUUAUACGCUUUGCGAAAUAAAUUCCAUUUUAGGAAUGCUCGAUCAACUCCCGGCGGAAUGGUCCUGAGAUGCGUAAGUAGUUCAUGCAAAUGGAGGAUUUACGCAAUCAAAAUGAAGAAUGUUGAAAAAUACGAAAUACGGAGAGUUAUUUCUGGACAUUCGUGUUCAGUUGACGAAAGAGCAGGUAUAAAUCAUAUAAAUAGCAUAAGCUGUUCCAAUUUUCCUUCAAAUAAUAAGCGGUGAUUGAUAUAAUCUUAACGUAAAAGACGUACGCAAGUCAGAGUGAUUAUAGUAUGAAAAAGUUAGCUUUAGAAUUUAUAUACAGUUUCUUUUGUGGUUAGUAACGAUGGAGUGCUACAAAUAGUUGUUUACUCAAUUUAAAUUGAUAGUUUCACAUAACAUGUUACCUUAUGAAAAAAUGAAACAAAUAAUAAAUAUAACUGGAAAACUUUUAAACGCAGGCUAUGAAGCACAAGCGACACAUAUGGUCAUUGGGGAAAUGAUAAAGUCAAGGUUUGCAGGAAACGGUGGAGGACCACGCCCAAACGAAAUCAUACAAGUCAUGCUCGGUGAUCACAACGUAAGGAUAUCUUAUUGGAAAGCAUGGCGAUCAAGAGAAGUUGCACUAGAACAUGCAAAAGGUUCAUCUGCCACGUCUUCUAGAUUGCUUCUAGAAUACCUACAUAGACUCGUGGUGGCAAAUCCCGGUUCAGUGGCAGAAAUGCACACGGUUUACGAACAAGGGAUUGGUCAUCGGUUCAAAUAUAUGUUUCUUUCCCUCGGUGCAUGUAUCAAUGGUUUCAAACAUAUGCGUAAUGUCAUUAUCAUCGAUGGAGCACAUUUACGAGGCAAAUAUGCGGGAUGCUUACUCACUGCUUCGGCACAAGAUGGCAAUUACCAAGUAUUUCCUAUCGCCGUUGGAAUUGUUGAUGGUGAGAACGACAAAGCUUGGGAGUGGUUUUUUAAAAUGCUGUUAAAGUUUAUCCCCAACAACAAUGAUGUUGUUUUUGUUCCGGACAGACACACCUCCAUAUACAAUGGAAUAUCCAAGGUAAAAAUACAAAAGUAGAUAGCAUGGAAUGUUAUGUUUAUAGUUAUGAGAAGAUUACUAUAACUGAAAUAUAUAUACGUGUAGGUCUAUCCCGCAGCACAACAUUGUGCAUGUGUGCUACACCUGAAGCGGAACAUCAAGACUUAUUUCAAAAACAAGAACCUUGGAUACUUGGUGAGCAAGGCAGCUAGAGCAGUCGGACUAACUGAAUUUUACACCGCCUUCAACGAAAUCAAAAACAUCAAUGCUUCAUGUGCAGAAUGCCUAAUUGGAAUAGGGUUCGAGCACUGGGCCAGGGCACAUUUUCCUGGAAAUCGAUACAACAUAAUGACAAGCAAUGUCGCAGAGACAUGGAACUCUGUUCUUCGUGAAGCAAGAGAAUAUCCGAUAACAGCUUUGGUGGAGUAUAUCAGAGUAAAACUAAUGAACUGGUUUGCUGAAAGACGUAAUGUCCCACAAGUUGGGAAUGGAAGACUUACGGUACGUGUGAAGGAGAUAGUUGAAGAAAAUUUUCAAAACAGUGGUGGAAUACUAGUAAGACGGAUUAACGAUGUUGGGUUUGAGGUGAAAGACAAGGAUGGUUGUUCAUACCACGUUAAUUUAGCCACCAAAUCUUGCAGUUGUUAUUCAUUUCAGAAGCUCCUCAUACCUUGCUCCCAUGCAAUCGCCUCAGCAAUCAAAGAGAAAGUGAGUAUCGAAUCCCUUGUAUCAGACUUUUACACUGUAGAAAACCUAUCUUUGGUAUAUGGGGAAGAUAUAUUACCCAUAAGCAACGAAGGAAAUACAAGUGGAGCUUCGACCGAAGUUGUAGGAGAAGCGGUCGAAAUAUUCCCACCCUCAAGCAGACGCCCUCCAGGUAGACCGCGGAAGAGCCGGAUAUUGUCAACCGGGGAAAUACGGGUAACCAACUGCACUAUCAUAUGUUUUGUAUAUAUUUCUGAAAAACCAGUAACAAAACUUUUAUGUUGCAAGAUGAAAACUCCACGAAAACGACAUGUUUGUAGCCGGUGCAACGCGUCAGGACACAACAAAGCAACUUGCAAAGUUGCGAUAUAAAUGCAACCGGAAAAAUGCGAAGUUGGCGAUUCUCGGAUGAUGAAGGUGUUUGAUUGGUAUGGUGGACUGUCAAUGACAGAAUAAUGAAAACAUGUGAAUGUAAAACAGUUUAUCCAUGUUUGGACCGAGGCAGGAUUGUAGUAAUUCCCGGGAUUGUCAAAUAAAUAAGAUGCCAAAUUUCGUCUCAUGUACUUAUAUUCAAACAUGAAAAACAUAAUAAGUCCAUGCUAUAAUUUAACUUGGUUAUUAUGCUUUCCUGAAACAAGUGGUUUUGUAAAAAUUUAAACCGGGGGUAUAGAGAAGCAUAAAUAUAAACCACAACCGAGCUAUAUAAGGAGGUUAAUUGGAGAUAGUAAAUCCGGUUAUACAGUAAGAGAAAUAAAUAUGUAUAUGUCAACCGGCUAAGGGAAGACAAGGUUGAAACUGUCUUACCGCAAACAAAACACAAAUUCAAUGUAAUGACUGAUGACUUAUAUAUCCGAACUACAAAUCAUAAAAUUCAUAACUACAGCUCACCCUAAACAAUAUUAUGGUAAAGAUAAAUUAACUCUAAUUUCCUAUUUCCAAUUAAAAGUUAUCAAAUUUAUAAUAAUUGGGUUAGAGUUUAUGUACUUGUAAGUGAAUCUUAAGAAAUGUAUAGAAGUCAUACAUGAAUUAUUUUAAGCUUAUCGACAGGAUAAUCGACUUAGCGCCAUAAGAUAGAAGAUAAUAUAUAACAGAUGCAUACAUAUAAGUUUUUGAUAAACAAACAUUACAUCUAACGUUUUUACAACCGGAAAUUAAGAACAUAUUAAACAUAAAGCUGGAAGAAGUGAAGACCCGCAUACACUUCAAUUAUUCAGAUAACAUCACACCAACACUUUAAGACUUGAAGUACAAACCAACAGCAUAGCCAUAUUCGCUUUAGUACGUUUGCGGCCGACAGUAGAAGCAUUCUUUUAAUCUUCUGAUGCAGGUGGAGAAGAGGCAGAACCUAAUGAAAUUCAAAACCAUAUAUCAAUUUCUCAUGUGACUCUAAUAAUAACUUCGAUAUACAAGUACAUGUCAUACCUUCGCCUGUAACUUCAUUGCUCGCAACACUGGAGGAGGCAGCAUUCUGUCUUCCCUGUUUCUUAGCCUUCUCAAUUUGAAAGUGAGCCUUGUAUAUUCCAACCGUCUCUUGCUCGCUAAAUAUCUCCUCAAGUAUUUCCUUACUAGCGACAAGUUCUUUGUCUGCAAGUCCUACAUCAAAUUUUGAUUAUAACAACGUUAUAGAAUUAGAAGCUAUUUAUAAUAAAAAGUAUACAAAUUCUAACCUUCGAACACAAAUGUUGCCCCCCCAAUGGUGAGAGUAGUUUCGCAGAGGAACUGGUAAUAACCAACAUCUUCUGCACCAGAGGAAACACAGAGGGUAAGUUCAACAAACCAAGAACGAAGACUCAUCAUUUCUUCAACCGAGGCGGUGGACGUCAGUGUAGUCGGUGGGGUGCGUGUUCCCUCAGAUUCAAGCAACCAUUCUGGAGGGUGUAGGCCAUGACUAAGGGUGUAUCCGGGUACAAUUUAAAACGAUCACGGAUAAUAGUCUCCAGAUCUUCCAACGUCUCCGUCGGCUUGAUCAAUACCGUAUACCCAAGAGCAGUUGGCUUCCUCUGGAAUGUCCAAUGGCCGUCGUCAUUACGGUCCCAUGCACCAUGAGCUAAACGAACACGUAGUGCUGUUGACAUCUGCAUGAAACAAACGAUGGUCAUUAAUUAAACUAGAUAGGAAAAUAAACAUGGCAAUACAAAUUUAAACCUUCUAUGAUAUAUCGACGAUAUGGGAAGUUGAUGAAACUUGUUUGAGGAUUCCUAAAACUGGUCUUACGAUAUUUAUAGAGUACGGAAUAACAUAAGGAGAAGAUAAGAUCAACAAGUAGGCAUAUAAGAAAAUAUUAUAACAAAUUAGGGUUCUGCUCUAGUAUAGAUAUAAUGAUUAUAUUCGUAUUCUGGCAAAGACGACAAUAAGGUGUUGUCUUCUAUUUGAAAAAUUUGAAAUCCAAAGCAAUUUUCUAUACGCGUGCCUGACUUGAAAAGACCAGCACAUGGAGUAAUCGAUUUCCAUCUAAUACUUUCAGCUAUAUGUAUUAUUUUGUAAUGUAGGUUAAAUGUGUUCCAUAUCCUGCUUUUUUAAUGUGUUCAAUAUCUUGGUUUUUUAAAUGAUUACAUGAUCUUUAAAAUAUGUAGACAGCUAUUACGUUGUAAUUUACUACAUAAUAUCGAGCUUCCUAGAAAAGAAGGACACAAACAUGUCUUAAUCCGGUAAUUAUGCAACUCAACUAUAUUAAUUUUACCAAAAACAAUUAACCUUUACCAAAAACAUUCGUUCGAACUAUAUAUAUGAACUAAUAUACAAUGGAGUAACAGACUCCUCAUUUGGUUAACUAGAAACUAAAUUUUGAUUAUAACAACGUUCAAAGUUUGAUACACAGGGUCUUGAUAAAAAGAAAAUCAAAUUAAGGCCAACUAAUAUAAGAUAUAGCACAGAUACUAAAUUAA